AUGGACCAGACCUACAACAUGGUGCAGCCUGCCCUGGUCCUCAUCGACAACGCCACUGGUCAGACAGUCCCUGAGCUCACGUGGAGCUGGAAGACGAUGACGCUGCCGAACGGGCUCGCGGAAGAUUCCGAGGUGGAGCCGGGCGUCGAGCUUGUCGCUGUUCGGCCGGUGCUCUCCGACCUCCGACGUGCCAUCAUGGAACGGCGGCCCGUGGAGCUGGCGUCGGUGGCGCUGACAUCGGCCGAGAUCGAGGCCGAGUGCAAGAAGUACGGCGACGUGGUCGACGCGCAGACGACGGCUUCUCCGUGUCCUCCUGGUUGCUGCGUUGAUCAGGGUUGA